AUGGAGCCAAAGGUAACAGCGAUAGGGGCGGAGAUAAGACCUCUUCAGAGAGGGUUUUGCCAGACCUUCGCUCCGCCAGUUUGCUCGCAGCCAUUCCAUAGACAAGACCCCACUGCUUCACCAUGUCCGUGUACGAAAGCGAAGAUUGCGGAGGGACCCGCCGCUACACCUUCCGCCGGAUCCAGACGACAACCAUCAGGUUCCAGGUGAAGGCGGCCCAUGACGUGGCCAUCUGCCUCUCCCCUGACGACGAGGAGGAGCCAGAGGACAUGUACGAGAUCUUCAUCGGCUGCUGGGGAGGCGGGGAGUCCGGCAUCCGCCGCCACAAGGGCGAGGACGUCUGCCGGAUCGAGACGCCCGACAUCGUGAGCGACGAGGAGUUCCGCAGCUUCUGGAUCAAGAUCCAGCGCGGCGUCAUCAAGGUAGGGCGGUCCGGGCAGAAGCAUCCCUUCAUGAGCUACACCGACCCCGACACGCUGCUCCACGUCACGUGGUACGGCUACUCCACCGGCUGGGGCGCCUCUGGAGAGUGGAUGUUCCCGGAUGACGACGAAGGAUCCUCCUCGUCCUCCUCAGCCAUGUCCUCCUCGGACUCCGAGGCGGAGGACAUCAACAGCCUCGAGGACAGACCCAUCAUGUACAAGCGCCCCGCCCGCUGGGUGCCGGCCAAGGGCGGCUACUUCCCGAGGCAUCCCGUGUCCGGCGGCGAGGGUCCCGACGGGGAGGUGUACGUCGGGAUGGCGCACCACGAGGGCGGCUACAUCCUGGGCAUGGUCGUCCCCGAUCACGCCUGCUGCUACAUCCCCUUCGGAGGAGACGCCAUUCCCAAGAGCGAGUACUUCGUCCUCAGCAACCCCGGCAGCGUCACCAUCUCGUGGGAGCCUUCGAGCAAGGGAAAGGUCCCUCCCGGCGCUCUUCAGGGAGGAAUCAGCGAAGACGGGGAGAUUCUGUACAUCGGCCGCGUCUCCGUCGAUGGCGUGGUGUCCGUCGGCAAGGUACACCCAAGCCACGAGGUAUGCUACGUGCCCUACGGAGGCAGCGAACACGCCCACCGUGACUACGAGGUCCUCUGUGUUCGCAACUUACCAUGCAGAGUGUAGGCGAGGGGCUCCUCUUGCUAUGGCAGCCGCUGUCUCCGACUCGGUGCCUGUCUGUCCCCCGUGUUCUGGAGGUUGGGUGUCGAAGGGAUGUACCCGACUGAAUAAAAAUAUUGAUAACUA